UUGUUGAUUCCUUUUUCCUAACAGGCUAAGGAGAUUUUAACAAAGGAAUCAAAUGUGCAAGAGGUCCGUUGUCCUGUCACUGUCUGUGGAGAUGUGCACGGUCAGUUCCAUGAUCUUAUGGAACUCUUUAGAAUUGGAGGGAAAUCACCAGAUACAAACUAUCUGUUCAUGGGCGACUAUGUAGACAGAGGUUACUAUUCAGUGGAGACUGUGACUCUUCUUGUGGCAUUAAAGGUGCGGUAUCCAGAACGCAUUACAAUAUUAAGAGGAAACCACGAAAGCCGGCAAAUUACCCAAGUGUAUGGCUUUUAUGAUGAGUGCCUGCGAAAGUAUGGAAAUGCCAAUGUUUGGAAGUAUUUUACAGAUCUGUUUGAUUAUCUUCCACUUACAGCUUUAGUAGAUGGACAGAUUUUCUGCCUCCAUGGUGGCCUCUCUCCAUCCAUUGAUACACUGGAUCAUAUAAGGGCCCUGGAUCGUUUACAAGAAGUUCCACAUGAGGGCCCGAUGUGUGAUCUGUUAUGGUCAGAUCCAGAUGAUCGUGGUGGAUGGGGUAUUUCACCACGUGGUGCUGGCUAUACGUUUGGACAAGACAUUUCUGAAACAUUCAAUCAUGCCAAUGGUCUCACACUGGUUUCUCGCGCUCACCAACUUGUAAUGGAGGGAUACAAUUGGUGUCAUGAUCGGAAUGUGGUUACCAUUUUCAGUGCACCCAAUUACUGUUACCGUUGUGGGAACCAGGCUGCUAUCAUGGAAUUAGAUGACACUUUAAAAUAUUCCUUCCUUCAGUUUGACCCAGCACCUCGUCGUGGAGAGCCUCACGUCACCCGGCGCACCCCAGACUACUUCCUAUAAGUCCCUCCUGGGAAAACCUGCCUUUGUAUGUGGAAGUAUCCUGGCUUUUUAAAUAUAUAUAUAUAUAUUUAGAAAAAAAACACACAAGCAACAGUAAUCUAAGUGUAUCUGUAACAAAUUGGGAUCUAUCUUGGCAUUAAACUAUAUCAUGGACCAAAAUGUGCCAUACUAAUGACGAGCAUUUAGCACAAUGACGAGCAUUGACUGAAAUUUAGUACAGUUCUAGAUCAGUCAGUCUUAACAGUUUGCCUGCUGUAUUUGUAGUAACCAUUUUCCUCUGGACUGUUCAAACAAAAAACGUAACUAACCCCUUUAUCUCCUUUUGCACUUCUUUGGAAAUUUUAGUUAUAAUGUUUAACUGGCAUGGAUUAAUAGAGUUGGAGUCUUAUUUCUAAGAAAAAUUCACAAGCUAACUUCCUCUUAAUCCAUUACCCUUUAUUUUAUUGAAAUGUAUAAUUAACUGAAGAAAAGAUUCUUUUUGGGAGUAUGUUGUCAUAACAUUGAAAGAGAUUUCCCCUUCAUUUAAACAGAAUUACUGUUUUAUGUUGGUCUGCAUAUUUCUAUAUAUUUGUCAUGACAUUGCUUGCAUCCUAUUUGGUGUUUUGAGCAAAUAAACUUUUCAUUUUAAACAAAA